AUGCUAGCUAAAUGGCACGAGCGAGGGACGACACUUCGGCAAACUCCGGGAGUGUUCGGGCAGCCCGGCCACGCUACCUCCUUGGGGCGCGGCGGCGACAAUGGGCGCGGCAGCCGGGCGACGGGCAGAAGGAACUCCCGGCAGCCGAGGAUGGCCGCGGGCUCCACCUACGAGCGCCAGCAAGCCGACCACCUGGACCGCCUGGUGUUCGACGUGGGGCAGGCGCACACGGGGCUGCAGCUCGGACAUCUCUUCUCGAGGUUGCUGCUGGGCUUCCCCGAGGCGGCCGCGGUGUCGCUGGUGGUGAUGGCGGCGGUGCUGGUGACCAAGGAGGGCCUGCUGGCGUCGCUGCGCGCCCAGGCGCCGCGCUUCUUCGCGCACUACCCCAUGCUCACCGUCGUCUUCUGGCUCAACGUGGCGCUCACCGUCGCCGUGCACGUCUUCUACCUGCUGGGCGGCGGCCGCUUCGGUCCGCGCGAGGCGUGAGGCCGUCCUCCGGAGAGCCUCCCAGUCCAGCCAACACUGCCACCUCUACCGCCCUCGUCCAGGCCUGCCAGCACUCCAGUCCAGCCAACACUACCUGCUCUACCGCCCUCGUCCAGGCCUGCCAGCACUCCAGUCCAGCCAACACUACCUGCUCUACCGCCCUCGUCCAGGCCUGCCAGCACUCCAGUCCAGCCAACACUACCUCCUCUACCGCCCUCGUCCAGUCCUGCCAACACUCCAGUCCAGCCAACACUACCUGCUCUACCGCCCUCGUCCAGUCCUGCCAACACACUUGCUGUUGUUUUUAAAAAUAAAUGAAAACUUACCCCAUUAUCACGCCAUUAAAAGACGAAUAUUUAUAAACGCAACUUAAGAUGCAUGUUUUUUUAGUAUCUUAUUUCUUGUUGUACAUGAAUUGAAAGUGCUUCAUUUUUGUUUGUUUUAAAAACACUCCUACCCCUUACACCAACUUUAGAGUUUGAAUAAAGUAAAAUGGUAGAACAA